CAUGCGCGCUCCGGAAGUAGCUCCGCAUUGCCGCCACUGACGUCACCGACAACCCAGCUCGCAGCACCCGAAGGCGGAUACCUGUCAGACUCCGAGGCCGAAGGAGGAGCACUCACACGAGGGCUCUUCUUGGCGACGGCGGACCUCCAAGCUUGCCGCCAUGGACCGAACGGCCGUUAAAGUGGGCGCCGCGGCCAGCGCGAGCGUGUGCGCCCUGUUCGGCGGCGUGGUUCUUGCCCAGUACAUCGUCGCCAAGAAAAAGCGAGCGGGAAAGAAAACGAGAAUUAUCGAAAUGAUGCCUCAGUUUGAGAAGAAAACGGUGCAUAUGAGGGACCCCGAGAGGGUGGAGCAGAUUAUCUGCGGCCUUAUCAAGGGUGGAGCCUCCAAACUUCAGAUCAUCACCGACUUCGACAUGACGCUAAGCAAAUUUGCCAUCAACGGCAAACGAUGUCCGUCGUGCCACUACAUCAUGGAAAACUGCCACCUGGUGUCGGAGGAGUGUCGUCAGAAGCUGCUGCAGCUCAAGAACAAGUACUAUCCCAUUGAGAUAGACCCAAAUCUCACCAUGGAGGAGAAGUACCCUUUUAUGGUGGAGUGGUAUUUUAAGUCCCAUUCACUUCUAGUGGAACAAAGGAUAGAAAAGGACAAAGUGCCACAAGUGGUGCGAGAGUCCGACGCCGCACUUCGAGAAGGCUUCGAACAGUUUUUCGACCGUCUGCACGAGCACGACGUACCCGUGUUCAUCUUCUCGGCAGGCCUGGGUGACGUCCUGGAGGAGAUCAUCCGGCAGGCGGGCGUCUACCACCCCAACAUUAAGGUGGUGUCCAACUUCAUGGACUUUGACGACAAAGGAGUCCUCCGGGGCUUCAAAGGCGAGCUGAUCCACGUGUACAACAAGCACGACGGCGCUCUGCGGAACACCGACUACUUCAAGCAGUUGAAGGAGAACUGCAACAUCAUACUGAUGGGAGACUCGCUUGGCGACCUCAGCAUGGCCGACGGCGUGCCCAACGUGGAGAACAUCCUCAAGGUCGGCUUCCUUAAUGACAAGGUGGAGGAACGUCUGGACAAAUAUUUGGACUCUUACGACAUCGUCCUGGUCAAGGACGAGACCUUGGAAGUGCCCAACGCCAUCCUCCAGAAAGUUCUAUAACUCCCUCCUCGGACCACCUUCUUCCAACAAAGCCUUUGUACAUUUCCCUAACGGACACUUUUAAAGCGUACUCUUCAAAUUGUUUUAUAUUUUUGUUUGUUUGCGUGACCUACUCUCACUCCAUUUUGAGAAAACAAGUCAAGAACUACACUCGAUACCAAGAUCGUACACGAACAGUACGCACCGAGAUUUCGGACAUUUGAAAUAAUCUAAAGAAAACUAAAAUGAAUUGGAGGAAAUGCACUUUAAAAUAGGUGUGAAAAUCCAUAGAAUGAAUGGAAAAGCCAUGUUUACUUCACUUACCGUCGGAAUUUUGAAACCCACACCGCUUAGAAGAAGCACUUUAUUCUACAUCUUUUUGUUGGCUUAAAAAAAUUGAAUAUUUUUUUUAAAAGCACCAAAGUUUAACCUGUUUUGUUUUGUUUCCAAUGCAUUGGCUGCCAUUGACGUGAAUAGACGUCUAAUUACGUAGCUCUUACAAACGAAAUUUUCCAAUGAGUUUAGCGCUAGUAGACGUCCAAUCCGUUAAUUCGCUGCCACCCUCCCACUUCCAACGGAUUGGACGUCCGGCGCCGUCAAAUUGCAAAAAUUUCUACAUCUUUAUAUUGUUUUACAUGUGCUGCUAUCACCUGCAUGUUGCCUUUUCUGAAGAAAUAGAAGGAAGCAAAUCUAUUUACAAAGUUAUGAAACAGGGGAAAAUGUCAUACUGUAUUUGUGGACCUUGUGUGGAAAUAAUUAGAGUUAUGUGUUGUAUUUUUAUAAGCAGAUUAUGUUUUUGGUGUGGAAAAAAAUACAAUGUUAUGAUGACGUUACAUGAGUGUUCAUUUGUUG